UUGCUUUUCGCAUAUUCUUUAUGGACUGGAGGAUGUGAAUUUUGUAAAUAAAUAUAGGCGCCUAAUGUUUAAGUCAAAAUAGAAUGCAAGGAGAAAUAGGAAAAGGAUAGCAAUUUAAUAUAUGCCGUGACAAAAAUAAGUGGUCGUAGAAUAUCAUGGCUGGCCGCAUGAAUCGUGUACUAUCUUCCUGGAUCUUGGAGCGGAAGGUGAUUGGCGACCGUAUACGCCUUAACGUGGGUAUUACGGCUAUAGGCCGAAUGCCUGGAACUGCACUAUGCAUAUUAGAUUCUCAAUAUGUCUCGCGCAAACAUGCUGAAAUUAUUGUAGACGAACAUGAGAAAAUUGUACUAAGGGACCUGGAUUCUGCAAAUGGAACUUUUGUUAAUGGAACUAAAAUAAAAAAUGAAUCGAUUGCCUUAAAUGCAAAUGAUUGCAUAGGUAUUGGUGUUACGGAUGAUUUCGAACCCGAUCUCAAACACCCAAUAUAUAAACUAAUAUAUGCUCCAAUGCAAAGAGCAGCGUCCAUUGAUCAAGAUCACGUUAGAAAUGAUGAGCAGCAAAUUAUGAACUAUCCACUACCUGCUAAUGCCAGACCAGAUAAUCAAAAAAUCUUAGAAAAAGAAACAGACGGGGAUGCCUCAAUUUCCUCAGCAAAAUCUUCUCCAUCGACUUCUACAAUAAAUCAGAUGGAGUCUAAGUGUGAAACAGUUGCAAGAUCAAAUAAUAUUGAUUCGGCAAUUUCAGGCAUCGACAUAAUUUCUGCAACCACGCCUAAGACAAGUGGUGACCUAAAUCAACUUCCAAUUUCAGGAAUAAGGCAUAAAGUUGUAGACUCCCUUCCACCAGCUGCAACAGCUGCAAAAAAAUCUGAACAAAUAUCACCCAAUGUUAAGUGUGCUCCGUCAUUAUCAAAUGCGCCAACACUAUUCUCUGGUGCAAUCAUUAUUGUGAGUGAUGACGAAGAUGACGUUAUAAACUUAAUCAAGGAAGAGAAUAUACAAUCUCAAAUUGCCAAUAAAUCCGAAUGCAUACAAAAUGCACAAUCAUCUGACCAAGAAAUAUGUAAUAAAUCAAACGAAGUGCCUCCGAAUAAAAGUUCUUCGACCAAAGAUACAAUUUCCAUGUUGCAGGCGCCAAACGAUGCUGCCAUCCAUGAACCCAUAUUACCUGAGGUUAAACGUGAAUUCAUACGUUCAUGCACAGAAAAUGUAGUUGAAAUAUUUGGGAGGGCUGAUGAUAUAAUUCUUGAUAGCGUCAAGGGAAUAAGUCCUUUAGUAUACACAACUCUUAAUGGCAGAAAUUCAAAUAAAAUGCUUUAUGAUGGAGAUAGUAUUGACUUGUUAAGUGACAACGAGGAUGACGGUGCUAAUAUUGCGGAAUAUGUGGAAAGUUUCGGUAAAUUAGUACCCGAAAUAGGAGAAAAACAAAACUCUACUAAAACUAAGGAAAAUAUCGCUGUAAACAAUAUUUUGUUGGAUAAUUCAUUGAACAGCUCAAAAAACAAUGGCGAUGAACAAAAGGGUUUGAAUGUUGGACAAGCCAGUGUUUCGGGAGAAAAUCAAGACGUUGAAAUUAAAACUGAGAAGUCUACGAAAAUGCCAGAGGAGCCGGCUGAGUUCGUAGAUAUCGAUGAUGAUAUGUGGUUUUCACAAAUUUUAAUAAACGACAUCAAGUCUGAAAUGAUGGCUGAUAAUAAUGAAUCCGAUUUGCCUGCUGAAGAUGAUGCACCUGAUGAUGAUAUGACAAAAAACGAUGGUCAAGACAACUUGCUGGACGUGUUUAUUAAAAAAGAGAUAAUUGAUAACGACCUGUCGAAUCCAGUUAGUAUUACAGCAAAACAAGAGUCAAAAAGCGCUGAUAUAGAAAAUGACGUGUGGAUUACAAUAGAUGACGAUGAAGAGUUCGAGCAUCAAGUAUCAGACUGGAGCACUAAGUUGUUGUCACAAAAAAUGAAUAUGUCGCAGGUAUUUGAGUUGCAAAGUGAUAAACAACAAGAUUUAGAUGAAAACAAUCCAAACGCUGGAAAGGAAGGAAAUCUGAAACUAGACUGUAACAGCGAAGAUUUCGAUGAAUUUUUCAAUGAGGCUCUUGUAGAUGACGUGAUUGAGACAUUAGCUAAAAAAAAUGGGGAAAUUAAAAACGAGACUAGAGCGCCAUCAUUGGAGCGGCAACUCUCAAGUGACAGUGACAGCAAUAACGAUUUCGAGAGAAAUAAGGAAUUGUUACCAAAACGAGAAGAGGUUAAAAUACAUGUUAACUACAGCGGAGCAGCAACUGAAAGAAAAGCAAGUCCUGCUUUAACUGGAGCCCCCGAAGAUCUGAAAGCUGGUAUUAGUAGUAAAAGUUUUAGACGUCUGGAAAAAGAUUUGAACUCUGACAGUAAAGAAAGUAUUACCUCUAAAGAGAAGGUAGAACUGCGGAAAGAUUUAAUAAAACCAGUUAAACGCUUGCAUCAUCCACCUUCUAUAAUCGAAGCGCCAAAUUUGCCUAAGCAUAAGGGUAAACACAGAGGAGUUUCUGCAGAAUCUCGUCCAACAGCAGUAUGCACAAACAAUAUCCGCAAAAAAGCCAUUGCAGUCAGUGGGCAACUAAAAGAUGAAGGAUAUCGAGAGGAACUAAAAAGGAAGUGGUUUGAAAAGCCAGCAGAUGAGAGACGUAGGGAAAAGGAGAAGAGACGUGUCAUUCAAGAGUCACGGAAGGAACGUUUAAAAGAACUUGCUGGCAAGCAAUCAGCUGGCUCGGCAAAGGAAUUGCUAAAACGUAAACAUGACGCUGAACAUGAAAGUGGUGAAAAGAAAAAGGCUAAAGUGAAAAUCACUACAAGGAAUCGUGGUGCUCUUCUGGCGGAAGAUAUUGGAGCAGUCAAGAAAAAUAUAGGUUCGUACAAAAUACCAAAAAUCAAGCAAUGUUCCUCCGGCAUAACGAAUGCACACAGAGAGCCUCCCAUAACUGACACCGCAACGACAACUAAGCCCAAUCAUUCGACAGUUGUGGAUGCUUUUGCUCAGGAGAUGCGCAAAUUAGACAAAAUCAUUAGCCGUCGAUUCUCUACCAGCAGUAGCAGUAAAACAGUAUCCUCUGUUGAAGAAAACAAAAAUGAAAAUACGCUAGAGGAAACUAAAAUAAAUGCACCUGUGCGUAGAAUAAAUAAAAUUACAUUUGCUUCUAUGCAGAAAAAUUUUGCCGAAACUAGAAAAAAUCAAGAGUUGUUACAGAAAUUUGCCAUUAAUCGGUCUUGCCUGAUAGAUGUGGUACACCGCAAUGCAAACAAAGAACGUCAAAAGAAGCGCGUACGCUUUAAUGAUACGCCAAUUGUGCAUUUAAUUGAACGGAUUAAUGGCGCCAAUAAGCGAGUUGAUCGAAAAGAUAUUUUGCCAAGUCCGACUUGUGCAGAUCGAGCUCAUAUGAUACGGUCAGCGUACAAAAUGAUUGAUCAGACUGCGGAAAUCAUAUCAAAAAUAUUAGGUUGGAGCAAUGAAUGGCUAGUAAAUCGUAAUGCCCAUGUGGAUGCUGCUAGUGAUAUUGUGUUGCCAAUGCCAAAUCAAUUUACUACAUUCAAUCAUUAUAAAAGCAUAAUUACACCGUUGAUGAAAUUGGAGUUCAUAAGUGUACUUGAGCGUGAAAAAAAUCGGUGUAAAUCUAAGACAUUUAUUAUCUCCGCCGAACAAGUAACUCCGUCUACGGACCGCUUUAGGAUAAUGGGCCGCUAUGCUGGGGUGAAUAACUCUGGUUCCAAAAGUGAACUUGUCGUAUUGGAAUGGGGAAAGUUCACAGCAUUCGCAUAUAUGUCAGGAAGGCGUUUGGGCUUUAAUACUACUACCGUUGUGUACGAUGUGCUUGCAGAAGGUUUACUUUUAGAAGAGCUGCGUAGCUGUCUCAAUACUCCAAUGAAAGUUCGCCCCAUGAUAGAUAUUGUUAGAGUCGAAGUUGGCGCCUUUAACGCGGUAUUCCAGUUGGAGCAAUCGCCAUUACUCAAUCAAAUUCUUGAUCCAAGGGAAUUAUGCAAGUUAAAGCCGCUCCCGAAAUGUGAUAUACAAUAUAACGGUUGUGAUGAUCUAAAUGAUCGCCAAAAGGAUGUUUUGUUCCGUACAUAUAGGCGUGCCAUCGAACCAACGCCAAACAUUACAUUAAUACAAGGUCCGCCUGGUACGGGUAAAUCUUGUGUAAUUGGCAAUUUGGUGCACCAAUUACUCUAUGGUAAUGAGGUUCGCAUUCUUGAUCAAAAAAUAUUAGUAUGUGCACAAAGUAAUGCAGCUGUUGAUGUUAUCGCUGAGAAAUUAUACAUUAUGAGUCAAAAAAAACUGCCAGAGGUAAUGUUUCGAUUAAUACGUUUUGGUUUGAUGGAGCGUAUCAGUCCCAAAGUUCACCAUGCCACUUUACCAAAGAUUAUCGAACGUAAUCAGAUUAGAAAGCUCAAAAUGUCUCACAAAAAUCUUCAAAUUGAUGAUAAAGUCCAUAUAAAGGAGUACCUACGAAAUGAAAUCGUUCAACUCGAAGCUGCUAUUGAAGUUAUGAAACUGAAAAACGUUAAAGGAACUGUGCAGGAGGAAGAAUUGCUUGAGAAAACGCGACAAGUUCAAUUAAUGCAGAAUAUAGUGAAUGGCGUUUUGCGUCCAGAGGAUGAGCGUAGUCUGUAUAAUUGGCAUUUGAAGCACGCUCAUGUUGUGUGUACUACGCUUUCUAGCUGCGUGAAAUUAUCACAAUAUAUAAAUUAUUUUGAUGUUUGCAUCAUUGACGAGGCAACACAGUGUACAGAACCAUGGACUCUAAUGCCUUUAAAAUUUGGUAUUAAUGCGUUGGUGCUUGUUGGUGAUACGCAACAGCUCCCAGCGACGGUACUUUCAAAGAAAGCUUCAGAUUUCGGUCUCGGCACUUCACUUUUUACACGUAUUCAACGCUGCAUAGAAUCGGUCAAUCUCAAAAAUGUACCCAACGGAUUAAAUGCUCAUGAAAAAACAUCCGUAUCAAACAAAAAUGAUAUUAUUUUCAGCUUACGAACACAAUACCGCAUGCAUCCUGAAAUUUGUAAGUGGCCAAAUUCUUACUUUUACAAAAACCAACUGAUAGAUGAUCCGAAAACACAUAAGUUCAAACCAGUAUUGAAGCCAUUUUCAAUACUGAAUCUCACGUAUACGCAAGACGAAAACUGUCUACGCGGUCAAAUUGUUAAUGAGCUGGAAGCAAAGUUUGUGGCACGCUUUGUGAAAACUUUAGAUGGCUACAUUCCUAUGAAAUAUAACACUUACGGUGUGAUAACGCCUUAUGCGCAGCAACGAGGUGCAUUAGAAAAAGCGCUGCGAACUUCUGGAUUCACAAAUGUGAUGGUAAACACAAUCGACUCUUAUCAAGGCAUGGAACGUGAUGUUAUUAUUAUUUCAAAUGCGCGCACUAAUGGCAUAGGAUUUUUGGCAAAUUAUCAGCGUUUGAAUGUGGCUUUAACUCGUCCAAAAAAGUGCCUUAUACUGUGUGGAAACUUCAAAAAUUUAGAGACAGUUCCGGCUUGGCGUAGCCUUUUGGCAGCAGCACGUGAACGCAAACUCUAUCAUGAGCUUAGUGCAGAUUGUAUGGAUGAUAUGCACAGAAACGUGAUUCCUAGAAUAAAAAUUUCAAAAGCGGCAGCUGCAACAGAAGUAGCGGCUGCAACAACGAGCAAAGAGUUAACUGUGGUAGCCGGAACUUCAAACCAAGCAAGAUAAUGAGCAUACCAAAUAAUCAAUAACCUAAGCAUUCAUCGAAACAGACCUGUAAAAUGUGAUUUUUGUUUUUUUUUGUAAAUAAUAUUACAUUAAGACAUUUGCAUACACUGCCUAAUACAAGGACGUUUACACUUCUUAUUAAGAAGAAAUGAAACUACUCUCAAUGUUGAUAAACUCCUCAUAUGUUGGGGUAAGAAGGCAGUCUGUUGCAUUCGUCUUUUCAGUUAUUUCAUAACUAUUUUGUGUACUUAGGGCAUAUGAGUAUACAUAUUUUCAUUGCUAAGAGUGUGAAUUUCCAAAAUGUUAUGUUAUACUCUUAGUAAAUUUGUUUCUUCAUUCAUCAGUAAAUCGAAAUCAUGUUCAACGCCAACAAUAUCAGUUAGAGCUCUGCCAUCUCAUUGUCGUACUGUUUUAGUAUUAAAAAUAUCAUAAUUUAGAAUAGUAAAUGCAUAGGUAUGUAGUUAUUCGUCAGUUAUUUUCAUUUUAUAUUUUUUUACUUCAUGCCAGCCACAUUGACUGGGAAUAAUUAUUACUAUUUAGAUUAGGUAGUAUGUACAGCUAACUUAAUUAAGUAAGCAAUUUAUUUUGAAUGAGAAAGAUGAAUUGUAUGCUUUAUAUUGAAAUAAAUAGAUGACAAAAAGUGGACUUAAUAGAAAAAUGAAA